AUGUUUGAACCAACGGAGGACAAAAAUGUCCGAAUUAUUGUCCCGGGCGGUUGCUUCAAUAAGGAAACUGAAGUUCGUUUCAAGGUUGAUAAAGAUCUAGCAAAUCGUACCAAAGCAAACAAAGAGCUUAAUAAUAUUAAAAUUGCAACCUCCUUACACGGAAUAGAAUUUAAUGAUGAAAAUCUUGAAAAAGUGCAAAUGGAAAUUUACCCAGAUUUACAUAAAAUAAAAAGUGGCUCACUACAUCAGAAAACAAUAGAAAAAUGCAAGAACAAAUUAGUAACAGAUAUCUCUGUACUGAAAAUUGCUGCUCGUUUACACAAGAAUGGCAAGAUAACAGAUGAUGUAUUGGAAGAAAUCAAGAUUCAAAAUAGCGAGGGAAAGAAAGCUCGGCGAUUACUAGAGGAAUUCAAAGAUUGCGACAUGGACCAGUUCAGUGCUAUGACUGAUGCCCUUGAGAAGGAAAAUCAAGGUCAUCUAGCACAGUACCUAAAAAAGACCAUGAGUGAAAUGAAAGAAGAAGAGGCAAAUAUGGGGUGUGAUUUCGUCGGUGAGAUAGAUAACCUACAACUACAAGUGGUGUCCAGUUGUAAGAACGGAGAUUGGAAGGUGAUGGAGAAGAAGGCAUUAGAAGAUUUCCCAGAUGGAGUUGUGAUUUCUCUACCAGCAAAGGGGGCAACAUUUGAUGUCAUGGGUUUAAUUGUUCCAAAAGAUAUGGACAACAGUACAAUUUGCCGAAUCGCGGACCUGUUAUAUCGACAAUCAUACUCUAUCAACGCCCGACUAAUCGUUCGCCAGAGCGAUGAAGAACCAACUCACGGAUUUGUACGGUGUGUAGAGAGCAAUUUAUGCCAGACUGCGUCCGAUGAAAUGAAGAAACAAGGUUUCAAAAAAGGCCCUCCACACUAUUCGCCUGAAUUUGGAAUUUGUGAUGGAGAAGAAAUCUUUAUUACAAUAGCAGGGAAUUUAACUUUAGAUUCAGACCACAAAUUACUGCGAUUGAAGUUUUACUUGAAUAUAGAUUCGGCAAGGUCUACCUUCAAAGUUGAGGUAUAUAAUAAAAAGGCUCAAUCAGGAGACAAAGAUUUCUCGGGAGAACUAAAGUAUAGUGUUGGUGAAAAAGAACAAAGUCCGCCGCGUAGUGGAACCAUUGUUUUACAUGUACCGAAGGACGAGGAACAUCAUAGAUAUGCACCGCUAACACUCGAAGUUCCAUUGAAGGUCAGCGCUAAAUAUUUAGCCUGGCGAAUCCCAACAAGUGACAAACUGAAAAUAGACGAUUUCUUGCGUUCUUUGGCCGGAACAAAUUCAGAAUUUCGAAAACUAAAUCAACGAGCAGUUAAAGAAGCGGCAACUGGCACUGAAAGAGAAAUGUGCGAAAUCUUUGUAAUGAAUUGGGCCAGUCACAGACCAAAAAGUGAAAACAAGGUCCAAAUAAUAUCAUCACUGCUAAGAUCUUUGUCUCCCGAGUUAGCCAAAGAGUUUGACCAAUUCAUGAAACCGUUUUCACAAGCGAAUGGAAUUCUUUCCAACAAUGGUAUUGAGGAACUUGGCAAACAAAUUCAUACGAAAUGGGAAAUUCUCGCCAGCAACCUUGGUAUCGAUCCGACUGAUAUCGACGCCAUUAAAAUUGAUUUUCAUGAUGACGUGAGAAGGGCAGUGCGCAUGCUUGAUCAAUGGCGUCUAUCAAACAGCGCCAUAGAAAGGGGAACAAAUGUUUUAUCAUAUUUAACUAAAUGUAUGGAGAAUUCCAAAUGCAGUCAGCAGGUUUUAAAGAUGAUCAAAGCUCAACGCUAAUAUAAUUAUUCUAUUUUCAGAAUGAAAGGUGAUGGUAAAUAAUUGAGAAUACUUUUACAAAACUUUCAUAUAUACAUGGAGAUUUUGAAUUUUUCAGACAUAUUUAGGCGAUAUUUAGAUUGAUAUUUAGAUUGAAGUACUAGUAGUGUGUAACAACUGUUUCUUAGACAGUUUGGUAAUUUUCUUUGUAUGUCUAAUGGCAAAUGUACAUAUGUUAAUGAGAUGUUGCUUAUUGAAUAAAAUCAAGCUGAAACUAAAGAGGAAAGAAAAGAGGAUGUGUGAAAGGAAGAAAUAAAUUA